AGGUAUAAGCAUACAUGGCUCCUGGUGUCUCAAAUGAGAAGAAAACUGAUGAUGAACAGUCUUCAAAAGAUAAUUUUAUCCAUCUCUGCAACCCUCACCUGGAGAAAAUGAAAGAAGACAUCCUGUACCAUUUUGCUCUUGGGACUGGUACCCAUGAUUUUCCGGCAUUGUUUGGAGAUGUAAAGUUUGUAUGUGUUGGAGGAAGUCCUUCACGGAUGAAAGCUUUUAUCGCCUACAUAGCUGAAGAACUGGGGCUUGGGAGCCCUGGUUGUGACUAUCCUAACAUCUGUGCGGGAACUGACCGCUACGCAAUGUACAAAGUGGGACCUGUUUUGUCCGUCAGUCACGGUAUGGGCAUUCCUUCUAUUUCAAUCAUGUUGCACGAGUUGAUCAAACUGUUGUAUCAUGCCAAGUGUUCCAACAUAACCAUUAUUCGCAUUGGCACCUCUGGUGGAAUAGGUCUGGAGCCAGGCUCAGUGGUUAUAACUAGGCAGUCUGUAGAUGCCACCUUCAAACCUCAGUUUGAACAGGUUGUUCUGGGAAAGACUGUAAUUCGCAGUACAAACCUAGAUGAACAGCUAGCUCAGGAACUGAUGCAGUGCAGUAAAGAAAUUGGUCAAUUCAAUACAGUCAUUGGAAACACUAUGUGCACUUUGGAUUUCUAUGAAGGACAGGGCAGGUUGGAUGGUGCAAUCUGCUCAUAUAAUGAAGAAGAGAAACUGAAAUAUUUGAAAGAAGCUUAUGACUCUGGUGUUAGAAACAUAGAGAUGGAGUCUUCUGUGUUUGCUGCAAUGUGUAAUCUCAGUGGUGUCAAAGCUGCUGUAGUGUGUGUCACUCUUCUGAACCGCCUCGAAGGGGAUCAGAUUAGUAGCUCACAUGAUGUACUUGUGGAAUAUCAGCAGAGACCGCAGAAGUUAGUGGGAUAUUUCAUUAAGAAAAGUCUUGGGAAAGUAUGAAAUAUCCAUCUUUGUUUUAUAGAAGCAGAAGGCUUUUGCAUAGCUGAAGUCAUGGUCACGACUUCUGUGCGUUAAAGGUCUUUUGCCUCAGAAUACCUUACAGCAUUCCAUGCGUCUGUGGAAGUUAAUCAUUUAUGUCACUGUGCUUUGGGAACUGAAUGUGCUGAAUGGACUUCAGUUAAGUUUUGCUUAGUUAUGCGUUGCUGGAUAUAAGACUCACUUUUCUGUGAAUUGGAAAAUGGAUCUCUUGUGAAGGACAAGCCUGCUAUAAUAUAUGAAAAAGCUUUAUUUAUCCCUGCUGUAAAAGAAAAACUAGGAAGAAAAUCAAAAUUUAUUGCCAAGUACUUGCAGACCACCAAAUUAAAAUUAAGAAUGCUAAUCCCUUUCUUGUGGUUAUAAAAAAUGAUAUAAAUUACAA